CGCCUCACAUGGUUCGCCGCAGAUCGUCGAGUUCCGCCUUCGAACAGCAUGUGGCCUUUCGCGAGAGGGAAACGAGCGUCGAAGGAGAAGGCCGCGGAGACGAGUGGCGAGGGUAAACACCGGGAGGAGGAUGGCCUUCUUCAAGAACUCGGAGUGACGGAUCGGCUGCGCGAAUUCGUCAAAACCUUCACCGUCGACACCUUCAGAUCGUUCCCCCUUCAUGAUGAUCAGGCUGCAGACCCUGCCGACGUCUGCGCCCAGUCUAAUGUCAGGAAGGAUCUCACGGAGUGGCAGGAGCGGCAUGCUACCCUGGUUCUCUCCGAAGUCAAGGAAAUUGCACAGCUUCGAUAUGUUUUGUGCCCUAGGCAUCUGAAGGAAAGACAGUUCUGGAGAAUAUAUUUUCAACUUGUUAAGAGCUAUGUCGCUCCAUAUGAGAUGCAUGCCAUACAGAAAGCAAGGAUGAAAAAGUUGGAGAUGGAGGUAGAAGAAUCAUUAAUCAAGGGUGCUAUUGAGGUCGAGAUGGCAGAAACAAACCAUGGAAGUGGUUCAUCGAUGACACUGAUAAGUAAAGAGAAUUCUCUCUUGAAGGAUGAUAUCGAUAGAGUUGUAAGGGCAGGUGAAUCCUCAGAGUCCGCUGACACAACUGAUGCAAAAGUUUGAGAUAUAAGUUUCUUGCAAGUGCAUGGACGAAACCUUGAUUCCCUUCAUCCGUUGUUGGCAUCCCCAUUAUUGACCUUCGAACAACAGCUGUCUUACCACUUAGCAUGAUGACUUCAAAUCAAAGAAACAACUGACCUGACCUCUGAACAAUCUCGUUUAUCAUGUGUUUCUUCCUUCUUGGUCUGGAACUGUUCUAGAAGCAUGUGGAAGCCCGUUCAAGGUUGAGAACAGACAGGGACACAGUGUUCAGAUGUAGAAGAAAGGUGUCAUCGUAGGUCAUGGGCAGUCCUAAAAGAUGUGCUUGGCUUAUUGUUGAUAGUUUAAACCUCAUUGUUAGAAUGGUCAAAACCCCUCCUUUUUUCCCCUUGAGGUUGAGCUUCUUUUCUGUGUCUGUUCCUGAUCGGUUGUUUUGGUGAAGUGUACCGUGACUGAUCCAUUUUGACCAGGUGUUACUUGUUGUUCAAAUUCAAGUGAAUUCAAAAUCAUGUAAAGCUUAA